AUGUCUUUAUCCCAGUUGUCAAAAGCCUCUUGGAUGGCGCCUCCGAUGGACCGCGCUCAUUGUUUGGGCCCAGAAAGUGUAUUGGAUUGCCUUGGCGACCUUAUAGAGCUCAUCCGCUGGAGUGAGCUCAACAGUUUCAUGAAUGUCUCCGUGCCACUCUCCGAGAUAAAGUCUGUAUUGCAGGAAUCUCCCCGUCGGAGAUUUGGAAAGGAAAUAUGGCUCGAGGCCGCAAACUUGGUUCACAAAUCUCACCAAUCCUGCGUGGUUUUGGCUAGGCAAGACCUUAUUUGGCGUCACCGCCGUGGGUUCAGGCCCCUUGCCAAACUCUUCGCAGACACCGAGGGGCAGCUCAACACAUGUAUUGAUGUUCUGAAAGUCGUCGCAUUCGCGGCCACAUGUUACACAAUGAAAACUGUGUCAUUAACAAUUAAUAGGGACCCCGAAAAAGCGAAGAAAGUGGCAAACGACUUGAUCUGUAAAUUGUCAACCGAAAAUAUGUCCGCGCCUAUCAGCUUGUUGCUGGACGAUCCUGUAGUUAGAGCUCACUUAUUUGUUCGAGAAGUCCGCCAGCAUACAAGGGAGCUAUCGCUAAUCAUACUUCGCUCUCUACGCGAAGCCUUGGAUUCAUGGAAUCACUUCAUUGUGAUUCCGUUCUGCCAGCAAGAUCCUCAGAUCGUAGAACGCUGGUUUCCAAAUGAUAACCGAAUAAAAAAGGAGGGAUGUUAUGAGUCAUUCGGGGGCUUGGAACGCAGGAUCGUUGAUGUUACGAACAGACUUGAAAGAACGGCUUCGAGCUAUGCAAUCGGAAAUUGUUGUGGAUGCAAUACUAACCAAGGCGGACUCAUUCCUGCCGUGAUCCCGGUCAUCCAUAGGAUGAAGACUUGCCCUUAUAUCCCGAAUAGUGGCUCUGUUCACUAG